AAGGCGUGUAGUGACAUCCGCUCCUUAUGUAAACAGUAAAGAUGGCGGCCUCCGGCGUGCGACGCGCUGUCCUCAGCCAGACUCUGAGCAGGAUCAGGUGUUCAGGAGGACACGUGACUCUACGGGGACGGUACACCGGAGACGGAACAACCACCAGCGCUGUGACAUCAGAGUCUCUGAAGGGGAAGCGCUCGGCAUGCUGGGUAAAAGUCAUCAAACAUGACCCCAUCGGGAGAAACUUCCUUAACUCCCUGGGGGGAGGAGGAGGAGGAGGAGGGGAGGGAGGAGGACGAGGAGCAGCAGGAGGUUGUCUGAUGGCGGUCGUCGCUUUCUCCCUGUUCAGCAGCGCUGAUGAAGACCAACGAGAUGAAGCUCAGAGGAAGGAGGACGAGAUGAUCCUGUUAUUGAAGAAGGCUAAGCUCAGUGUGUCACGGGGUCAGCUGGAGGUCGCCUCGGGCUUCCUCCACCAGGCCGUAGUCGUGGCUCAUCAGACUCACAACCACCAGGCCGUGAUCUACGCCUACAGUCUGAUGGCGAACCUGGCCUACGUCCAGGGUCAGCUGGACCACGCAGAGAAACUCUUCAAAGCAGCAAUGAGCUUCAUGUUGUCAGGAGGGAUGCCUCAGGAUGACAACGCUGUCAUCGAGAUGUCUCUGAAACUCACCACCAUCUACGCCGAACAGAACAAGGCGGAGCUCGCAGAGAUUGGUUUCAGGUUCUGUACAGAAUCUCUGGAGGCCAAACUGCAAAAACAUAAGGAAACUGCUGUAGAGGAUCUGACAGAGGAGCAGGAGGCCCUGAGGAAGGACACGCGUCUCCUGCUCGGUCUGUGUUUCGACUCUCGGGCUCGAUACAGAGCGUCAACGCUGCACCUGGAGCAGGCGGGACGAGACUACCAGAAGGCUCUGGACAUCUGCCUCCAGGAGCAGGGACACACCCACCCACAGACUCUGGUGCUGAUGAGCGACCUGGCCACCAUCCUGGACCUGCAGGGUCGCCACGACGACGCGCUGGCGCUGGUCCAGCGCGCCGUGGAUCUCAGCAGCGGGCACCCGGACCAACACGUGCUGCUGGGAAACAUGGCCGGCAUCCUGCUGCACAAAGGCCGGCUGGAGGACUCGGUGAGGUUCUACCUGCAGGCUCUGGGUCUAGCUCAGCAGGCCGGAGACCACGAGGCUGUGGAGAAGAUCCAGGAGGGACUGCAGGAGGUGAAGAAGAGGAGGAGCCAGGAGAGCAAGGAGGAAGAGGCAAAGGCUACAGAGCAGUGAUUGGUUCCCAGUGUGUCGGUGGACUGGAUGGGUUCUCCUGAGGAGGAGGUUCAUGCUCUGCAUCUAUUUUGUGUUUCAUACCAAUGUAUCUGUGUAAAAGUGUAAUAAAUAUGUUGUAAACAUCAA